GGACCGUGGCCGCUCCCAGGCCUCGCGUCCCGCCCCACCCCCCGACCCGCCGAGCACAGCCGUCCCCGCCCCCAGGAGCCCGUUUCCCCGGCAGCCGGCGCCGCGCGCAGUAAGCCGAUUCCUCCCGCCGCCGGUGCUCGCUCCCGACCAUGCGCUAGGCUGCGGGCCCCGGCCACCCGUGGCGGCAUGGCCCGGCCUGUGCAGCUGGCACCGGGCUCGCUGGCGCUGGUGCUGUGCAGGCUGGAGGCGGAGGAGGCGGCGGCGGCGGGCACGGAGGAGCCUGGCGGGCGCGCGAUCUUCCGAGCAUUCCGCCGCGCCAACGCGCGCUGCUUCUGGAACUCGCGGCUGGCGCGCGCCGCCUCGCGGCUGGCCUUCCAGGGCUGGCUGCGGCGCGGGGUGCUGCUGGUGCACGCGCCUCCCGCUAGCCUGCAGGUGCUGCGCGACGCCUGGUGCCGCCGGGCGCUGCGCCCCCCGCGCGGCUUCCGCAUCCGGGCGGUGGGUGAUGUCUUUCCAGUGCAAAUGAAUCCAAUAGCUCAAUCUCAGUUUAUACCUUUGGCUGAAGUUCUUUGCUGUGCUAUAUCUGAUAUGAAUGUUGCUCAGAUUGUGGUGACACAGGAAUCACUAUUGGAGCAUUUGAUGAAACAUUACCCAGGCAUCGCAGUUCCACCUCAAGAUAUUCUCUAUACCACUCUGGGAACUCUGAUUAAAGAAAGGAAAAUUUAUCACACUGGAGAAGGAUACUUCAUAGUCACUCCUCAGACUUACUUCAUUACGAAUAUAACGCCCCAUGAAAAUAAGAGAGACCUAUCGGAUGAAAGCUGCCAGAUGCCAACUUGUGUUACUUAUCUGGUGAGCGUGGAGAGCUGUGCAGAGAUGGCCCAAGAAAAGGCUGCCCCCAUUUCUCACUGUCAGUCUUGCCGGUGUUUCCCUGAUCUGUGCACUCAGGAUGUACAGGAAACACCGGCUGCUGCAGAAGUGACUAGAAAAAGCCAGAAAGGUCUGCGGGAAUCCAAAUCUUUGGGACAGAAUCAAGCAGUUUCCCUGUCUGAGGGGAAUCACGUCUGUGAAAGCACCAAACCUUUACCAUACACAAAAGACAGAGAAAAAGGCAGGAAGUUUGGCUUUAGCCUCUUUUGGCGUAGUAUAUCCAGAAAGGAGAAGUCCAGAAUAGAGCACAGUAGUUUCUCUGCCCAGUUUCCACCAGAAGAAUGGCCUGUUCGAGAUGAAGAUAACUUGGACAAUAUCCCUCGAGACAUUGAACAUGAGAUUAUCAAACGAAUUAAUCCCAUUCUGACUGUUGACAAUUUAAUCAAACAUACCGUCCUAAUGCAAAAAUACGAAGAACAGAAAAAAUACAAUAGCCAGGGCACUUCCACUGAUCUGCUGACAGUCAGGCAUAAAUAUCCUUCAAAAGAGGGAGUUAAGAAAAGACGGGGCCGGUCUGCAAGGCCUCGAAGGCGGGGCCAUUCUCAUAGGGAUAGACACAAAGCCAGGAGUCAGGGAAGUGAGCCUCCUCCAGGAAGCCUUAGACUGGAGAAACAUCCCAAGUCCCCUGCUGCACAGCCCACCUCCAGAAUUCAAAGCCCAAAUGAAGCACUAGUUCAGAAACCACUUGAUGAGAAUCCAUCAAUGCUAGGUUCCCAUUUGCUUUACAAGAAGCGAAUUAGUAAUCCUUUCCAGGGUUUGUCUUACCGAGGGAACCCAACAACCAAACGGCACGACAUCCAGACCAGUGAUCUGAAACCGGGUCAGAUUGGACCAAAGGGAAAGCCUUUCCAAAGGUCAAGGUCUUUGGAUUCCUCAAGAAUCUUUGAGAGUAAAGGCAAACAGCCAUGUGCUGAACAGUAUGAAGAUAAACUGACAGCAGAAUCCAUUUCUAUGAAUAACUCUACCGUCAAGCCUAUCAGUGAUCACUUUAGAGAUCCCCUCUUAAAUCACUCUCAAGGUAGUGUUUUGCAAAAUGGUAGUAAAUGUUUUUCUUUAAGGGAAAGCUUGAGGAGACACGAUGUGUAUGGUGGAAAAAAUGAGGUAAUCCCUGAAGUCUUGAGGAAAAGUUAUUCUCACUUUGAUGCAUUAGGGGACGCAAAAGAAACACAGUAUGUGCUGCCAUCACAAGGUUCCUCCUCUCUAGGCCAUGCUUCCUCUGCGUGUAGACUGGUUGAUAAAACAAUACACCAGUUCCAAAAUCUUGGUAUUUUGGAUUACCCAGUUAGUAUGAACUGUUUGAGACAACCUGAGAGACAAGAGGGAGACUCAGAAGAAAAACGAGUAAGAAAGGCAUUUGUCCAGGAAAAAAAGACUGUGAGUCCAGAAAACGAAGGGCUUUCUGAGGAUAACCAGGCCUUGUAUCAGAAGGAAGUGGAAGAUGAUGAUGGAGCCUGUAGUUCAUUAUAUCUAGAUGAGGAGGACUUUUCUGAGAAUGAUGACUUAUGUCAAAUGCUGCCUGGCCGCAUUCAGUAUUCCUUUACAGGGGGAAGCAAGUGGAAUCAUUUAGGAAAACAAAAGGGGACUGAAAGAUUUCUGACUGAGUACAACCGCAGAAUACACAGGUCUGAGCCUCAGGUGCUUAAAGGAAAUGAGUGUUACAAACCCACUGGGUUGUUCACUAACCCAGGUGAAAGCCAAACACCUAAACUCUCUGCUGAAAGCUGUGGCCUCAAUUCAGGGACUCGGUCCGGUUUUAACUAUGAAGACGGACCCAGUGUUGCUACAUGUGUGCAAGCCUCAGCAGAUACUGAUGGAAGUGUAUUUGAUUACUAUAGCACAAGGAAAGCCACUUCUGAGACUGAAGCCCUACAAGACUUGGUUGGUGACAUAGGAAAGAAACCAGCUAGCUGGAGUCAGGGUGCUCAGAAUCAGGAAGUGAGAAAACAGUUCAUGCAAAAGUUAGAACUUUUCAGCCCUUCACAUAUGCCAGUGUUGGCUCAGGAUGUCCAACAUGAACACAGUCAUCUGGAAGGAACAGAAAAUCACAGCAUGGCGGGAGACAGUGGAAUAGAUUCUCCACGGACACAGAGUCUGGCAUCUAAUAAUUCAGUCAUUUUGGAUGGACUAAAAAGAAGACAGAAUUUUCUGCAGAACAUUGAAGGCACAAAGAGCGGUCAAACACUCACAUCCAAUUCCUUACUACAACUAACUCCAGUCAUAAAUGUUUAAUUCUUAUUUUUCUUUUGGAAACUCUUUGGUAAAAAGGUACAGCAUUAAUGUAGAAUAUUUUAAUCAACCGAAUAUGUAAGAAUUCUCUAAAGCCAAGUAUGAGAUUCUGUUAAUCUCAUUACAUAUUUUGUUCUAGUUGCUGUUUUUUCCCCUUUUUUGACAUUUUAAAGCUUUUUUAAAAGAUUAUUUUACUAUGAACUUAUUGGGAAUAUACAGAUUAUUUUGCAAUUAAACCAUAAAAUACAUGGUCCUUUUCCAAUUAAAUGUGAUUAACUCAAAUUUUCAGACAUUCAUUAAUUUCCCAAUUACAUAGGAUGUUAAUUUACUAUACUCAGUAGUGAAUUUCUCUACCUACACUAAUCCACUCUUAUGUUAAGUGCAUUUCACCAGAUUUCAACACAAAACUCCCGAAAAUAGUGUAUUAAGGUUGCAUAGAUACUUUGUUUGCAACUAAAGUCUUUUAUCAUUAUCAAA